UCCAAUUACAUUUGGACUAAGUCCAUAUUGUCCGUGUCCAAUUGUUAGAAUUAGACUAAGUCAUGUUGUUCUUUCUGAUAAAGACAAUAAAAGCAACAUAUAUGCAGUAUGUCGUACCCGUGUACUUGGAAAGGGUGAAAAUGAUAAUCAUUUAAUUGAACCAAUUUCUGCUUUAGUUAGAUGGAAAUAA